UGAUUGGUUCAACAUAUGCGUCGUUAGGUGCAGGUGGUGUGAAAUUUUUACGAUCAAAACAAAUAUAUCCAUGGAGCUUUUUAGAGCAUUUUUUUAAUCAUACAAUAGAUUUUAAUGUGCUCCGUUUUAAUGUAUAUAUAUAUAUAAAUAAAAACUAUUGUUAUUUAUUUGUUGAUAUGCAAUAUUCUUUCCUUAUUUGUGUAGAAAAAUGACAGCAAUUGAAAUAAAUUCGCCGGUAAAAAAUAUCAUCAAUGAUAGUACCCUAAUUAUUCAAGAAUAUGAAAUUAUCAUCGAAAACCUCCAGCAAGAUUUAGGAGAAUGCCAGAUUGAACAAGCACGUUUGAGGAAGGAAAUCGAAGCUUUGAAACUUGAAAAUAAAACAUCUGUUGAUGAUAUAAAGGAUGCACUUACUCAUGUUAAUACUACAGGGUGUCCAGUAGUUUUGAACAAUCAAGAAUGUAUCGAGAAUUUAAAAAAACAAAUAUCAAUAAUUAAUUUAGAAAAAGAAUCGAUAUUUCAAUUAUGGCAAACAGCAUUAAAAAAAGUUGAAUCUUUAGAACAAGUGAUAAAAGCAGUACAAGGAGAUGGGACAGUGAAUAAACUUUAUGAACAACAACUUAUCAAUGUCAAAAAAACAGAAACGAUUCAAGUGUUGGAAGCACAGCUCACUCAAGUAAGAGAUAAUUUUAUUAAACAUCAGGUUCUUUGGGAAUCAUCAAAAGAAAAAUUGGAAACUUUAAAAAAUGAAAAGAAUUUAUGUGAAAAAACGAUCGCUAAUUUACAAAAAGAACUAUCAACCAAAGAAGAAUCUAAUUUGAAAAUUAUUGAAUCCUUAAAAGCUGAAAUAAAUACAUUAAAGCAAGAACUUGAUUCUAUAAAUAAGUUAAAAAUAAAGCUUGAAAAUGAAUUAAUAGAAGCUCGACAUUUGACAGCAAAAAUGACAGCAAAGGAUCAGGAAUCAAAAGAAAAAGUUGCAGAAGCAUUAGAAUUAAUUGAAAUAGCUGUCAGAGAGAAAGAGGCGAUUAUGGAAAGAGAAGUAAGAACUAUUGAAGAAAAAUCGAAAUUAGAAAAUCGACUAACUAAUUUAUCUGAAGAAUUUGCUGCUAAGCUUGAUAAAGAAUUAACAGAGAUAAAAGAAAACUUCGAAAAAAAUUCAAAAAAAUAUGUAUCUGAAAUUAAAGAGCUUAAAGCAGAGUUACGGGAAAAGGCUACUUUAGUCGAUCGAGUACAACGAGAAUAUAGAAUGCUUGAAGAAGAAAUCGAAAAAUCAAGAAUAGAUUCUCAGAAUUAUCUACUAAAGUCCAACGAAAAAGUUUUAGAAUUAGAAAGAAAAUUAAAAGAAACUGAAUAUAAGUUAAAUGUUUGUGAAGAUGAAUGUAAGCAAAAAUAUGAAGAAAAAUUACGUCAGACAAAUCAUCAAAUAUCAGAUCUUGAAAAUAAGCUCUCGAAUUGUAAUGAUAAAUUACGAAGAAAUCAAGUUCAUAAUCUAAGAAAUAUGGAAGAAAUGGUACGAGAUGCUGAUGAUAGAACUAAAGAAGCUGUUGAAAGAUAUUCAUGCUUGGAAAAAAGAUUAGCUCGUGCUUUAGACGAUAAAGAAAAUUAUGCUAGUGAGAUGAGAGAAUUACAGAUAAAGUUUGAUAAGGAAAUUACUCGAAGAAAUCAUGAACGGCAAGUAUUAAAAACUAGAAUAGAAGAACUCCAAGAAGAUUUAAAAAAUUCUAAUGAUUUAGUUGAUAAAACUACAUCUAAAGCUCACAGUCUUGCUGAAAAAAUUGAAAUAUUAGAAAAGAGUAUAGAUGAAAAAAAAAAUCCAUUGAUCACAAGUAAGGAAAGUAUUCAGCAAGCUUCAGACAUGGAGAAAUUAUCAAACCACAAAAUAAUACGAGAACAAUAUGAAGAAAAAAUUUCCGAAUUAACUAAAUAUGUUAAAAUUCAUCAACAAUUAUCAAAUAGAUGGAAAGAAGAAGCUCAAUCUCUAGCCAGUAAAUUUUAUAAUCGUUAUAAAGAACUUCGUUCAAAACUACAAUUAUUAAAAGAUGAAAACACGGAAUUGAAGAAAGAAUUAACACUUUGUAGACAGCAGGUGAUCGUUUGCCGAUCACAAUUAAUGCAAAGGUUGGACCAAGAUGAUGAAAGAUGACAAAACCUCUUAUGUUUGUCAAAUUUGCUUUUAUAUUUUGUAAAAUCUAUAAAUAAAUAUUUUUAUUGUUACCAAAA